CUGGCCGCGCCUGAUUAACAUGAUUAGGCAGCUGCUCACCGGGAGGUUUCGCAGGUUCAGACGAACGUCCUGCUCUCUUUGGGAGCGGAGUCACAGGGGAACAACCAACAGAGCCGAGUACAACCGAACAUGAGGCCAAGCACGACCCCUCUGGUGCUGUUAGCGGCGUGUUUCCUCGCUGUGUGCGCCCUCUCACAUGUGGAGGAGAUGAAGAGCCAGGAGCGAGUCUUCCUCAGCUCCAUGGGGCUGUCCGGGCGGCCCCGGCCCGCGGGGACCAAGCAGCCCCGGCGCCACGUCCCCUCUGCACUCUGGAGGAUGUUUCAGAGGUCAGAGACCAUCCAGGCCCAGGAGAGCGACCCCUGCACGGUCUCUGAGUACGGAGUCCGCGGCAACAUCAUCCGAUAUGUGCAAAACCAAGGCCGGCUGGUGUCUGGCUGGAGCAGCAGCUGUGAGGCCUGUCUGGAGAAGCAGCUUUUCUUCAACAUGUCUGUCCUGCAGCCUGUGGAGCUGCUGUCUCUGGCUCAGCUGGAAAUCAAGUUCCACUGGAAGCCCUUCAGACCUGCAGAGCUCCUGCAGGGUCCCCACGCCCUCAGUGUGUCCUUGUAUAAGGUGAUUCGAGCCACGCUGAGGGGAGCCAAUCCCCAGGCCAACCGCAGACUCCUGCUGUCCCAGUCAGUCCAGCUGCAGUCUGAACCCACCUCCAUCACCAUGGACCUCACCUCGCUGGCAGAGAGCUGGAGAAAACCGGGACGCAACUAUGGUUUGGUGUUAGAGCUGCUGCCUCUCAGCACAGAUCCAGAAGAGCUUCUUUCCUUUCACCCAGGGAACUCGCUGCCAUUGGAACCAGCCCUAACCCUGCCACUGAUCCAGGCCUCGUUGGUGGCCGUGUCCCUCAACCCCCACCAGUGUCGCUCCAGACAGAGAAGAAGCGCCGUCCACCUCCCAGUGACACCCAGCAACGUGUGCAAGGCCCGCCGCCUCUACAUCGACUUCAAAGACGUGGGCUGGCAGGACUGGAUCAUCGCUCCGCAGGGCUACAUGGCUAAUUACUGCCACGGCGAGUGCCCGUUCCCGCUAAGUGAGAGUCUGAACGGCACCAACCACGCCAUUCUGCAGACCCUGGUGCACUCCCUGGACCCGCAUGGUACGCCACAACCCUGCUGCGUCCCCAUCCGCCUCUCCCCAAUCUCCAUGCUGUACUAUGACAACAACGACAACGUGGUGCUUCGGCAUUACCAGGACAUGGUGGUGGAUGAGUGCGGGUGUCGAUGAAGUUGGUGGACAUUUCUGAUUGUCCCUUGAAUAUCAAGUAUCCACAACUUCUUUUCAAACUUCUUGGUCAAAAGUUCAGAGAGUCAGUUUCUUACUGUAACUUACCAUGGUUUAAUGAUUUGACAGACAUACAAUGUUCUUUGCAGUCAAUGAUUUUAAAGAAUUUAAAAUUGUUUCUUCUCACAGAAAUGUAGCCAUAUCUUUUAAUAUGUAAGCUGAAGUUAAUAAAAGUUGCAAUAAAGCUACACUGGAAGACUAAA